AACGCGGCUAUCAUUAUGUUUGCGAUACUAAUUCUAUUCUUAUUUUCUGGCUUAAUUGGCGUACAACCCGUUCCAACUCCAGCCCUUCAAGCAUGUAAAAAAACUGAUGACGAAUGCCUGAAAAGCAAUGUUAACACCAUAUUUAAACAUUCCAUAAAAGGAGAUGCGGAUUUAGGUAUCAAAACUCUAGAUCCAAUGCAUCAUAAAGAAGUUGAUGGACAAUUAGGUGUCAUUGAGUAUCAGUUAUAUAAUAGUACUGUUGAUGGAUUCUCAAACUGUGACGUGAAGAAUGCAAAGCUAGAUUUAGAAAAACGUGAAUUCAAUUUCCGCAUACUAUGUCCAGUUCUAACUGUGUAUGGAGUUUAUAAGAUUAAUGGUACACUUAUAGUAAUGCCAAUAGAAGGACAUGGAGAUUACAAAUUAGUUUGCAAAGGCUACGAUAUACAAGUUGAAACUGAUAUAAAGAUAAAUCAAGAUAAAGAUGGAAUAAAACACAUGUCGGUGAAAUAUUUCAAAGCUGAUGGUGAUCUGACUGUUGGAAUGACUACUGAUCUACAAAAUCUUUUUGAUGGAAAACAACCACAAUUAGCUAAAGAUGUUCUUAAAUUUACAAAUGAAAACUGGAGUCCAGUAGCGAAGUUGCUUCAGGGGCCCGUGUUCAGCGCGAACUUUGAGAAGAUUAUCAAGAAUAUGAAUAAGUAUUUUAAGCAUAUUCCUUUAAAUCAAAUUAUAGAGGAGUAGGAGAG